AUGUUGCGAAUCACUAAUGAGUUUUUGGAUGAGGUUCAGGUGGAACAAGGUAAGGAUCAGGAGUUGCAGCAAAUUAUUAGUGAGUUGGGUAUCGAGAAGAGGACAGAUUUCAGGAUGGGUAAAGACAACAUCCUGCGGUUUAGAGAAAAGAUGGACUCAUCAGGUAUGAAAACAGAUGUGGAUGAUUUUGUAGCAUCAUGUCUGGUGUGUCAAAAGGCAAAGAUAGAGCACCAGAGGCUGGGAGACCAGAAGUUGUCAAUGGAUAAACUGGCAGAGUUAUAUGUGAGGGAGGUGGUUAGGUUGCACGGAGUGCCAACCAAUAUAGUAUCUGAUCGGGACCCGAGGUUCACGUCCAGAUUUUCGUAG